AUGCAGUUUAUGCUGGGGUUUUUUUUGCACCUUGGGUUGCUCGGUUACACGAAAGCCCAAGAUGAAUGCAAAGGGGGCUCCUGUCACCCCACCACCGGUGAUCUCCUGGUGGGUCGCAGCGCACAGCUCACGGCUUCUUCUACCUGUGGGCUGGACGGAGCCCAGAAGUACUGCAUUCUCAGCUACCUCGAGGGGGAGCAGAAAUGCUUCAUCUGCGACUCGAGAUUCCCACACGACCCAUACACCCAAUCCCACAGCCACACCAUUGAGAACGUAAUUACAAGUUUUGAACCAGAGAGAGAAAAGAAAUGGUGGCAAUCUGAAAAUGGUCUUGACCAUGUCAGCAUCAGAUUGGACCUAGAGGCAUUAUUUCAGUUCAGCCACCUCAUUCUGACCUUCAAGACUUUUCGGCCUGCUGCGAUGUUAGUUGAACGCUCUGCAGACUAUGGACACACCUGGAAAGUACUCAAAUAUUUUGCAAAAGACUGUGCUGCUUCCUUUCCUAAUAUCACAUCGGGCCAGGCCCAGGGAGUGGGAGACCUUGUUUGUGACUCCAAAUAUUCGGAUAUUGAACCCUCCACUGGUGACGAGGUCGUUUUAAAAGUUCUGGAUCCCAGCUUUGAAAUAGAAAACCCUUACAGCCCCUACAUCCAGGACCUUGUGACAUUAACAAACCUGAGGAUAAACUUCACCAAACUCCCUACCCUGGGGGAUACUUUGCUGGGAAGGAGGGAAAAGGAGUCCCUUGAUAACUACUACUAUGCUCUGUAUACGAUGGUGGUGCGGGGCAGAUGUUUUUGUAACGGCCACGCCAGCGAAUGCGGCCCUGUGCAGAAGGUGCGGGGAGACGCGUUCGGCCCCCCCGGAAUGGUUCACGGUCGCUGCAUCUGUUAGCACCAUACAGACGGCCCGAACUGUGAGAGGUGCAGGGACUUCUUCCACGACGCUCCAUGGAGGCCAGGAGCAGGCCACCAGGACAGCACGUGCAGAGCUUGUCGCUGCAACAGCCACGCUGACCGCUGUCACUUCGACAUAACGGCGUAUGUGCGGAGCGGCGGCCGCAGUGGGGGCGUGUGCGAGGACUGCCGCCACCACACCGAGGGGCAGCACUGUGACCGCUGCAGGCCCCUCUUCUACAGGGACGCGCUCAAGGCCAUGGCCGAUCCUCACGCGUGCAUCCCUUGUGAAUGUGACCCAGACGGGACUUUAUCGGGUGGCAUGUGUGUGAGCCACUCUGAUCCUGCUUUGGGGACUGUGGCCGGCCAGUGCUUGUGCAAGGAGAACGUGGAAGGAGCCAAGUGCGACCAGUGCAAGCCCAACCACCACGGGCUGAGCGCCGCAGACCCCGCGGGCUGUCAGCCCUGUGACUGUAACCCCUGGGGGAGUCUGCCCCUCUCAGCCUGCGAUGUGGAUACGGGGCGAUGUUUGUGCCAGCCAUUCGCCACGGGACCACACUGUGAAGAGUGCACCGCUGGAUACUGGGGACUGGAAGAUCACCUCCAUGGCUGUUCUCCCUGCGACUGUGAUAUUGGAGGUGCUUAUUCCAAUAUGUGCUCACCCAAGGAUGGGCAGUGUGAAUGUCGCCUGCACAUCACGGGCCACCGCUGCACUGAACCAGCCCCUGGCUACUUCUUUGCUCCUUUGAAUUUCUAUCUCUACGAGGCAGAGGAAGCCACCCCACUGCAAGGACUUGCGCCUUUGGGCUCAGUGACUUUUGGCCAGGUGCCUGCCCUUCACGUUGUUUUCCGAGAACCGGUUCCUGGGACCCUUGUUGCGUGGACUGGACCUGGAUUUGCCAGGGUUCUCCCUGGGGCUGGCUUGAGAUUUGCCGUCAACAACAUUUCCUUUCCCAUGAACUUCACCAUUGCCCUUCGCUACGAAAUUCAGCCCGCAGCCGACUGGACUGUCCAGGUCCUGGCUAACCCCCGUGGAGGGAGUGAGCACUGUCCACGCGAGAGUCCAUGGCCACGGCCUCCGUCUUUCCCUUUACCAGCGGCUUCCAGAAUCGUGCUGCUUCCCACACCCAUCUGUUUAGAACCAGAUGUACAAUAUUUCAUAGAUGUCUAUUUUUCCCAGCCUUUGGAAGGAGGGUCCCACGCUUAUUCGCACAUCCUGGUUGAUUCGGAACGAUGCAUAAUAUUUCCUCAAAUGACUUCUUUCAACGCCUUUCCCCCACAAAGCUGGGCCACAGAUAUUCCUUCCAAACCUCUCACUCUGUACAGAACUUCAGGCCCAGGGAGCCAGCAGUGGUUGCCAGGCUGCCAAAGACCCAGUGUCCGUUCAGGCUGGACUAGUGGGAAUGCCAUGCUCGGGUUCAGGCCAGUCACCGUCCCAUGGUCCUCUGUACUGCUUACAGGCCAGUGUCUGUGUAAAUUCGGCUAUGAUGGGAAACACUGCAGAGGAUGCAAGGAAAAUUAUUACGGUGAUCCACUGGGGCGAUGCAUUCCAUGUGACUGCAACAGGGAAGGUGCCCAGAAGCCCCCCUGUGACCAGGACACUGGCAUGUGCCGCUGCCGGGAGGGGGUGAGCGGCCCAAGAUGCGAUCGCUGCGCCCGGGGUCACGGCCAGGAAUUCCCUGCCUGUCUGCGGUGUCACAGCUGCUUUGAUCGCUGGGACCACACGGUGUCUGCCCUCUCCAAAGCCGUGCAAGGGUUAAUGAAGCUGGCUGCUGACACGCAAGAUAAAAGAGGGCCCGUGCUGGUCUGCAAGGCCAACUUCAAAGGCCUCAGAGAGAACAUGUCUGAAAUAGAAAGGAUUCUGAAACAUCCUGUUUUCUCAUCGGGGGAAUUCUUAACCGUCAAGGAUUAUCAGGACUCUGUUUGGGAACAAAUCAUGCAGCUAAGUGUGCAACUGAAAGAAGUGCAUGAGUUUCCAGAUCUGAAAGAAAGGAUAGGAGGAAUGGGGAAUGAAGCAGACCUCUUACGUGAAGAUCUUCAGCGAGAAAUCAAUUUGCGCUUCCGCGCCCGUAAUGCAAGCAUCAUGGAUUACUCAGAGAACAUCAAGAAGCAUUAUCAGAGAUCAUCAUCUGCUGAAAAGAAAAAUAGCAAAACCACUUCUAUCAUAAAAAACUCUGAAAAAAACAGGAAUGACUUACUUACCAUCUUUGAUACCCUAACCUCAAAACAAAACUUGUCAUUGGAAAAAUUAAAGCAAAUUACAGUACCAGAUAUCCAAAUACUGAAUGAAAAGGUGUGUGGAGAACCAGGGGACAUGCCGUGCGUGCUCUUGUCCUGUGAUGGCCUCAGCUGUCGUGGCCCCCUGCCCCUCUCGAGCGAUGCCCUCCAGCAAGCUCAGGAAGCAGAGUUUGUGAUUCAUAAUUUGAGCGACCAGGUUCAGGGUUGGAAGCUCCAGCUCAAAAAUGUAAGUAAACUGGCAGAAGUCUCCAAAAACAAUGCCUUACAGCUAAGUGAGAAACUGAGGAAUAUGAAAAAUCAAAGUGAAUCUGAAGAAGAGAAGAUGAGUCUUUUAAUCAAAAAGCUGAAAAUGUUUUUGUCAGAGGAAAACGUGCCUCCAGAGGACAUAGAGAAGGUUGCAAAUCAUGUACUUGACAUCCACCUACCAAUGACAUCACCAAAUUUAACCCAUGAACUUGACAAAAUACGGAAGCUGAUGCAGCUCUAUGAGGACUAUGGAACAGGUGAGGACAGGCUACGUAAAGCAGCAGAGGAAGCCCAAAAGGUUUUGGUGAAGGCAAAAGAUGCUGAAAAAGCAGCAAAUGUUCUAUUAAAUCUUGACAAAACGCUGAAUAAAUUGCAACGAGUUCAAGUCACCCAAGGACGGGUAAAUUCUACCAUCACACAGCUGACGGCAGAGAUAACAAAAAUUAAAAAGAAUGUACUGCAGGCUGAAAAUGAAGCCAAGGACACUAAGAAUGAGCUGGACUUAGCAAAGCAGCGGUCAGUGCUGGAGGACGGGCUUUCCCGGUUGCAGACCAAGUUGCAAAGGAAUCGAGAGCAAGCCACCCGUGUGACAGCUCAGGCCACAUUGGCCCAACGCCAGGCUGGGGGCCUUGAGCAGGCGUUUGCAGAGCUGAAAAACCAAUAUGCUGUUCUUCAACAUAAGACCAGCGGUACAGGACCGACAAAGGUGACAUUAGAAAAAGUGGAGCAGCUAAAAGAUGUGGCAGAAAAACUGGCCAUAGAUACAGAGGACAAGAUAAGAAGAAUAGCAGAUUUAGAAAAGAAGAUACAAGAUCUGAAUCUGAGUAGACAAGAAAAAGCUGACCAACUGAAACAAUUGGAAGAUCAAGUUGUUGCCAUUAAAAGCGAGAUUGAUGAGCAAGAAAAUAAAUCUGCUACUUGCUAUACUUAGGCAGAGGUAAAGUGCAAAGUCACCCAUGCCUUCUUUUCUGACGAGGAAGCCUGAGGAGCUGUGCUGAACUCGGGAAACAGAAAUGGUCAGCCCCACCUCCUCCACCUCCAGAGCUCACUCCUAGCCAAAGAUCUGAGCUGGGCCAAGGAAAUGCUGUUCCACGUGGAAUAGAAAGGGGGAAGUAGAGACAUCGUCUCUCGCUUCAGAAACCUUUCCUCUUGCCUUCCUUUCCCUUUCCCAUAAAAAAAAAGCGUUACAUAUGAUAAGUACAAAAUAAAUAGUAUUCUGUUUACUAAUCAUCACUUCAAUCAAGUGAACCUAAGUGUGAAAUCAGUUGCCAGUGCGGGGGGGAGGGGGGCGGGUUGCAGGGCGGAAAUGUAUUACUAAUUGAUGGGCAUAAAGUUCUGGUGAAGCGAAAUGAAUAAAUUCUAGAGUUCUGCUAUAGAUUGUAUGUAAGUCAACAAGUGUGUUCAGAAAGUAGAUCUCAUCUUAAAUGUUCUUAUCACAAUAAAACAAAAUAAAAAUAAAUUUAAAGA